AUCAUGGAAACAUCUAGCCCGUGUAUUGUGAUCAGUGAUGAGGAGCAGGGGUAUGACCUGGAUCUAUUCUGCAUACCAAAGCACUAUGCUGAUGACCUGGAGAGGGUCUACAUCCCGCAUGGACUCAUUCUGGACAGGACAGAGAGACUGGCCAGAGAAAUUGUGAAAGAAAUGGUGGGACAGCAAAUUGUGGCCGUUUGUGUGCUCAAAGGAGGCUUCAAGUUCUUUGCAGACCUGCUGGACUACAUCAAGGUCCUGAACAGAAACAGCGACCAAUCCAUCCCAAUGACAGUGGACUUCAUUCGUAUCAAAAGCUACAGCAAUGGCCAGUCAACAGGUGAAAUCAAAGUCAUUGGUGGAGAUGACUUUUCUACUCUGACAAACAAGAACGUCUUGGUUGUGGAGGACAUUAUCGAAACAGGGAGGUCAAUAAAGACAUUAUUGCAACUUGUGAAACAGUGCAAUCCCAACAUGAUUAAAGUAGCAAGUUUGUUGGUGAAAAGAACAAGAAGUGAUGGCUACAGACCAGACUUUAUAGGAUUUGAGAUCCCUGACAAGUAUGUGGUGGGAUAUGCACUAGACUACAAUGAGUACUUUAGAGAUCUAAAUCAUAUCUGCAUUAUUAGUGAAACAGCAAAGGAGAAGUACAAGGCAUGA